CUGCCAUCGCCACCGCCGGCAGAAUAACGGAACACGGGUUAUGACGGCGGAAAAACACGACACUUAGUUCGCAGACGGAGAUCGCAGCGAACAGACCUGCCUGAGCUAACCUUCCUCCGCCUAGCCCAGCACAGACCAGGCCAACACUCGUCUUUCUUCAAUAGACUCACGCCCUUGGAAGCACAGCGGGAUGAAGCUUUACUACCUUACCCUGAGCCUGUCCGCCUUUGUGGUCACGGCGACACUCACCCACGCUAAGGACACUGACCACAACGCAAGAAUCACUCCUGCAGAAGGCACUGAAGCACUUGUCGCCUCGUCUAAUCGCGCCACAACCUACUCCUCCCUUCUGACACUGAAUGUCUCCAACGCCAUCGUCGUAGCGCUCUUUGCCGCGGCGGGAGCUUUCUACUACACCGGCAUUCCCUUCGUCAGUAUCCGCAGGUCCGUCACUAGUUUCUGGGACUCCUUCGGGAUCGCUGACUUCAUGGAUUCAGGUCUCUCUCGCGUGUGGGACUCCGGACUGUCUGACGCACUGGCCACCCUCCUCCCAGUGGUUCAAGAAGCUCUACGCGUCUACAGCGAGAAUUAUGCGUAGUGUGAGGGUAAGGAGGAGUCCCAUGCCGCCCCCCGACACUACACAUACUAGCAUGGACACCCCGGCAACUCCCCUCCUCCCCCGCUCUCUCCCACCCCACACCAGGCAUCGGGCAGGUGUGGGGAAGGAAUACCUGGGAGCGAAUGUACUUUGCUUCUAAUUAAACUGAAUGGCAUUAACUGUUUUACCUGUGCGUUGAUUAGGGAUUUUGUGACUCGUGGUUUGUUGUUAGUGAGUGUGUAGUGGGUGUUGUAGGUGUGUGCUUGUGUUGUUAGUGUUGUUGUUGUUGUUGUUGUUGAGUUUGUUCAUUUAUUUAUUUUUUCAUGAUUUAUU